GGAAGUGCAAUGCCGCUAGAGUUGCAUUCCAUGGGGCGGGGGAUAAUGAGGCUAAGCAUAUCUCGUGCAUAUCUUGCAGCCCCUCAUCGCGUCAGCCCGAGUCGAUCCAUUUGCUCUUCUUCCUCAAAGCCUCGAAUCCCAUUGUUUCUAAGGCCUCCCAAUUACUCCGCCACACUCACAGAUCUUCAGAAAUGGCACGAUUGGGCCAAAACCCUAAGUUCUUCAGUUGGUUCAUCCUUUGUGGACGCCGACAACGGUCCAGACUCCGCCCUCUUACACAGAGAGCUCAAAUGGCUGAUAGACGAUGCCGUUGAAGAUAAAUCGGUAAGUUCUGAACUGCGAACUAAUUCCGAGCAAAAUCAUGAACAUAAUCUUAGAAAUGUGAGGUUAAAAGUAGGAAUCGAGGAACUCUACGGGCUUUGGAAGCAGAGGAUCCAUGAAAGGAGACCGUUCCAAUACAUUGUUGGGUGCGAGCACUGGAGGGAUUUGAUUUUGAGUGUAGAAGAAGGAGUUCUGAUUCCGAGGCCGGAGACGGAGGUUUUGGUGGAUUUGGUGGCGGAAGUGGUCUCUGACAAUGAAGCGCUCAGAGAAGGACUAUGGGUUGAUUUGGGCACUGGAAGUGGUGCAAUUGCUAUUGCGAUUUGUAGGGUUUUGGAGGGUCGUGGUAGAGUCAUAGCCACUGAUUUAAGCCCCACUGCGCUUACGGUUGCUGGCUACAAUGUUCAGAGGUAUGGAUUACAGGAGUCGAUCGAGUUAAGGCAAGGAUCGUGGUACGAGCCAUUAAAGGACGUCCGGGGAAUGCUAUCUGGGAUUAUUAGUAAUCCUCCAUACAUACCCAGUGGUAAUAUUGUUGGCCUACAAGCUGAGGUUGGUAAGCAUGAACCUAGAGUUGCAUUGGAUGGAGGCACUAAUGGCAUGGAUGAGCUUAUUCAUCUAUGUGAUGAAGCUGCUGUAAUGUUGAAACCUGGUGGUUUCUUUGCUUUUGAGACAAACGGUGAAGAUCAGUGCAAGCAUCUUGUGAAGUAUAUGGAAGACAAUCACAGAGGGAGGCUUUGUGAUCUGAAAAUAGUGUCUGAUUUUGCGGGCAUUCCAAGAUUCACAACUGGAUUCCUCAAUGAGCCUCUAUAAUUUUCUCUUUCCUUUUCUCAGAUGUAAACAAGAAAUGAGUUCUAAUCAAAUUCUGCCUAGCUGGUUUUAGUUCAUAUUUCUCCGUUCUCUAAAUCGUUAUAAGCUUGGCGUUUGACUAUGCCUUCGAGGAGGCUUGACUCCUUUUUCCUCC